AUGCGGUUGUCUGAGCUUGAUUUCCAGAAUUCUAUUCUUAUCUUAGAGAAUAUUAAACAGAAGUUGCGAGAAGUGAAACAGGAUAGGUCUGCGUUACCUGAAGGUGAAUACAAAGAAUUUAAGGCAGAUAUGUUUGAUGGUCUAGAGCUACCAUUUACGGUAAAUUUGCUUAUCAACGGCCGAGAAGAUGCUCCCUCCGUUUCCAGCAACACAGUCAACAAUGAAACGAAGGCAUUCGACCAAUUAAAAAGCCCAAAGAACCAAUCGACGCAAAAAGAGAAACUUGAGAAAGAUUCAGCUCUUUGA